UGUUGGGUUACAGGGGUGUGGCGCCAUCAGCCAUCAUUUCCUAAUUCAUCCGCAUCGCUGAAGGAGUAAGCGCAGCCAUGGCGCAGGGUCUCAAGGAGAGAUUUGAGAAGUUCCUUCAUGAGAAGAACCUCAUGACAGAUGCCCUGGCGAAAGUCGAAGCCAGAACUGGAGUGAGCCGGACGUAUAUCGCUGCCGGAUUCAUAGCCGUGGUCGCAAUUUACCUCGUCAUUGGUUACGGAGCCUCCCUGCUGUGUAACCUCAUCGGCUUUCUUUAUCCAGCCUACAUAUCAAUCAAGGCGAUUGAAAGUGCGACGAAAGAGGAUGACACGAAGUGGCUGACCUACUGGGUGGUCUACGGACUCUUCAGUGUGGCAGAGUUCUUUGCUGAUAUCUUCCUCUCCUGGUUCCCUUUCUACUAUAUUGGAAAGUGUGCCUUCCUGGUGUGGUGCAUGGCUCCCACUCCUUCUAACGGCUCAAUCCUGAUCUACCAACGGGUCAUUCGACCGCUCUUCCUCAAGAAUGAGGCCAAGAUUGACGACGCAGUGAAAAACAUCACGGACAAGGCAUCAGAGGCAGCUGACAAAUUCAGAGAAGAGGCUAAGAAAGCCACAGCAAACAUCAUCUUUGAGGAGAAGAAAAACUUCUAAGACUGAUGCCUUCUCACACCGCCGGCUCCGGACCUGACCGUGGUACAGAAGCUAAAUGUUUUUAGGUCAUCACAACUUUUAGCUCGAGCUUCAUGCUGGAUGUCUCAUUUAAAUCAGUCUUGCAUUUAUUAAAGUUGUUUCACAUAUCUGUUGGCCUGUGUAUGUAUUCAUCGGCGUGUGCUUCAUGACCCAAAUAAAAGAGAUAAAUUGAA